AUGUUGUGGAAAAUAACAGAUAAUGUCAAGUAUGAAGAGGAUUGCGAGGAUCGCCAUGACGCCGGCAGUAAUGGGAACCCUCGCAUCCCCCACCUCUCUUCUGCUGGACAACAUCUCUACAGCCCCGCUCCGCCUCUCUCGCACACCGGGGUUGCCGAGUACCAGCCGCCGCCCUACUUCCCGCCUCCCUACCAGCAGCUGGCAUACUCGCAGUCCGCCGACCCUUACUCGCACCUGGGAGAGGCUUACGCCGCCGCCGUCAACCCCCUGCACCAGCCUACUCCCACCGGCAGCCAGCAGCAGGCCUGGCCGGGUCGGCAGAGCCAGGAGGGCGCUAGCCUGGCCUCGCACCACGGGCGCCCUGCAGGCCUGCUACCCCACAUUUCAGGGCUGGAGGGGGGCUCGGUGAGCGCCCGGCGGGAAGCCUACCGCCGUUCUGACCUGCUGCUGCCUCAUGCCCACGCCCUGGAAGCCGCUGGUUUGGCGGAGAACCUGGGGCUGCACGAGAUGGCUCACCCCAUUGAGGAGGUGCAGAAUGUGGACGAUCCGCACCUGCUUCUUCAUGAUCAGACCGUCAUUCGCAAAGGACCCAUUUCAAUGACCAAGAACCCUUUGGGCCUCCCCUGCCAGAAGGACCUGGUGGGAGCAGUCAUGAACCCCAGCGAGGUGUUCUGCUCUGUCCCCGGAAGACUGUCCCUGCUCAGCUCCACAUCUAAGUACAAAGUGACCGUGGCUGAGGUGCAGAGGCGACUGUCACCACCAGAAUGCCUAAACGCCUCGCUCCUGGGAGGCGUGCUCAGAAGAGCAAAAUCCAAAAAUGGAGGCCGGUCCUUGCGGGAAAAGUUGGAUAAAAUUGGGUUGAACCUUCCAGCUGGGAGACGGAAAGCUGCCCACGUCACCCUGCUCACAUCUCUCGUGGAAGGCGAAGCCGUCCAUUUGGCUCGGGACUUUGCCUAUGUCUGUGAAGCUGAGUUUCCCAGUAAAGCAGUGGCUGACUAUUUAACCAGACCGCAUCUUGGGGGACGGAAUGAGAUGGCCACGAGGAAGAGUAUGUUGUUGGCAGCACAGCAGGUGUGCAAAGAAUUCACAGACCUUCUCCAUCAGGACCGAACACCCAACGGGAACAACAGGCCCACCCCGGUCUUGGAGACGAACAUACAGAACUGCUUGUCUCAUUUCAGCCUGAUAACUCAUGGCUUUGGCAGCCAGGCCAUCUGCGCCGCCGUGUCUGCAGUGCAGAAUUAUAUCAAGGAGGCUCUCAUCACCCUCGACAAGUCCUACAUGAACCCAGGGGACCAGAGUCCAGCUGAUUCAAACAAAACGAUGGAGAAAAUGGAAAAGCAGCGGAAGUAA